AAAUUACCCUCUCCGGUCGCUCCUAACGAGGUCUCUUCUAGGGUUCCUUUCGGCCUUCACCCACAACUCUCUCUGCUGCCUUCGCGUGCGGGAGAGAAAGAGAGGUGGGAAGGUGCUGGUGGCAGAAGAGGAGACGGAAGAGAAGGCGGGCAUAUGGAUUUCGAUGAGUACGAGUACCUGGAGAAGGCAGUGGAGGAGCCCGAAGCGCGCAAGGAUAAGGAUCGCUCCGGCUCAAGGCGUCACAAGGACCGCGGGGAGGACGGAGAAGGAAGGGCUUCCAAGAGAUCCAGGCCAGAAGAGCAGAACGGCGACAAGCGCGACCGAGUGGAGCGAGAACGGGACAACGACCGGGCUAAGGACCGCCGUAAAAGUGGUCGGGACUCUGAGAAGGAGCGGGACAAAGAUAGGGAUUAUCGCAGCCGAGAGAGGGAAUACAAGGACAGAGACAAGGGGCGGGAGCGGGACAGUGGAAAAGAAAGAGAGCGAGGAAAGGAAAAGGACAAGAAAAGAGAACGCGAAAGGGAUAAGGAGAAGGAGAGGGACAGGAGUGCUAGCAGAUCCAGAAGGGAUGCGGAGAGGGACAGGAGUGCUAGCAGAUCCAGAAGGGAUGCGGAGAGGGACAGGAGUGCUAGCAGAUCCAGAAGGGAUGCGGAGAGUGAAAUGGAGACCGCCAGGAGCAAAGAAAGGAGAGAGCCAGAGCUCGAGAGAGAGAUCCACGAAAGAGAAAGCAGAAGAGUUAAAGAUAAGAAAGAUGCAGAGCCUGAAGUUGAUCCAGAAAGAGAUCAGAGAACUGUUUUUGCUUACCAGAUGCCUCUGAAAGCUAAUGAAAGAGAUGCUUAUGAGUUUUUCUCACAAGCGGGGAAGGUGAGGGAUGUCCGCUUGAUUAUGGAUCGGAACUCAAGAAGGUCAAAGGGAGUUGGAUACAUUGAGUUUUACGAUGUAAUGUCAGUGCCACUGGCUAUUGCACUCUCUGGCCAACUUUUAUUGGGUCAACCUGUAAUGGUUAAACCUUCUGAAGCUGAAAAGAAUCUUGUUCAAUCAACUGCUACAGCUGCUGGUGUUGCAGGUGCUGCUGAAAGAAAGAUUUAUGUUGGAAACCUUCACUAUAACAUUACAGAAGAGCAACUUCGCCAGAUUUUUGAACCAUUUGGGACUGUGGAGCUUGUUCAAUUACCACUUGAUGAAACAGGGCAUUGUCGAGGUUAUGGAUUCAUUCAAUUUGCUCAACUUGACCACGUAAAGGCUGCUCAAAGUUUAAAUGGGAAAUUGGACAUUGCUGGCCGGAUCAUAAAGGUUUCGGCAGUUACAGAUCAUGUCACUGUGCAGGAAACUGGGACAAGUGCUGUUGAUUUUGAUGAUGAAGAUGGUGGUGGUUUGUCACUAAAUGCUCGUUCAAGAGCUAUGCUCAUGCAAAAGCUGGAUCGCACUGGAACUGCUUCUAGCAUUGCGGAAUCACUUGGAGUACCCAUUCUUAACGGUGCAGUUCCCAUCCAACAGCCACUCAGUGUGCCUGCUCUAUCAAUCAACCCUUCAAUGAUUUCUGUGCAGCAAAUUCCAGCUACGGUGGAGACAAGCGAGUGCUUAUUGCUAACAAAUAUGUUUGAUCCAAGCACUGAGACGGAGCCUGACUUUGAAUUGGAUAUUAAAGAGGAUGUUCAAGAAGAAUGUUCCAAGUAUGGUCGUGUCAAGCAUAUAUUUGUUGACAAGAACAGCAAUGGCCACGUAUAUCUUCGAUUUGAAAGUGUGACAGCGGCUUCAAUAUGUCAGCGUGCUAUGCAAGGUCGAUGGUUUGCAGGGAGGUCAGUCUCAGCCACUUAUAUGCGACAACAAGAUUACGAAGCCAAAGUUGGACGUGACUGAACCUACUGUUAUCGUUUGUCCUCUUCAGAUUCUCUUUGCUGGUAUUCUAGAUUACUUUUAAGUGCUUAUGUACAAGAUUUACCAACAGUUCGUAGUGUUAAAGUUGAACUGUCAUAUUUUCGUCAAUUACGCUUUAAUCUUGUUCAACUUGUGAUUCUAAUGAUUCUUUAGCAGCA